AGAGCUGCCGCUGCCAGCUCAGCUGACAACAGCAGCACCUCUUCAGCCAGCCAGAGCCAGAUGAUCAUGGCAGACUCUGGAAGUAGCGAAGAAGUAGCCGUGAUCGGUAACACCGACCUCACUUCAACGGAAUCAGAGAACAACAUCAUAAACACGAUGGUGGAAAAAGGGACAGCUCUGUUGAGAAAGCUGGAGAUAAAUGUAGCAGAGGCAGAGAAGAGAACGGGGAAGAACACGGUUAACAUGCAAGAAACCUAUACCGUCUACCUCAUAGAAAUACGGCCAGCUGAAACUGUCCCAGAGGGAGGUACACCAGCUGCACCUGACACUUUGUGGAGACGCUACAGUGAGUUUGAGCUCCUCAGGACGUACCUUUUGGUCACAUACCCCUACGUCAUCGUCCCCCCGCUGCCAGAGAAACGGGCCGAGUUUGUCUGGCACAAGCUUUCAGCUGACAACCUCGACCCAGACUUUGUUGAGCGAAGAAGAGUCGGUCUGGAAAACUUCCUGCUGCGUGUUGCAUCACAUCCUGUCCUUUCCAAUGACAAACUUUUCUACCUCUUUCUCACAGAGGAGAAGGGAUGGAGGGAGGCAGUUUUGGAGACAGGUUUCCAAGAUAAGGCUGACUCCAGACUGAAGUCUUUGAGUGCCAUGUUCAGGGUCAAGAACCCUGACAAGCGCUUCACAGCACUGAAACACUACAGCGAUGAACUGAACACCGUCAUCUCCCAGUUACUCAGGGUGCGAGCGCGAGUAGCAGACCGGCUGUAUGGAGUUUACAAGGUUCACGGCAACUACGGCAGAGUUUUCAGUGAGUGGAGUGCUAUAGAAAAAGAAAUGGGAGAUGGACUGCAGAGCGCUGGCCACCACAUGGACACUUAUGCUGCAUCCAUAGAUGACAUUCUGGAGGAAGAAGAGCACUAUGCAGACGAACUGAAAGAAUACCUCUUCUACACUGACGCUGUUAGGUCAGUUUGUAGGAAGCAUGAGCUGAUCCAGUAUGAGCUGGAGAUGGCAGCGCAGGACCUCGCCCACAAGAAACAGCAGAAAGAAGAGCUGGCUACUGGGACGGUGCGAAUCUUUUCACUGAAGGGAAUGACCAGUAAGUUAUUUGGCCAAGAGAGCCAGGAGCAGAGGGAGAGCAGGUUAGCAGCCCUGGAGCAGAGCAUCCGGGAGGGAGAGGAAACGGUGAAGGAGAAGAACGCCGAGUGCCAAGAAUUUGUGCGAACAGCGUGGGAAGACAUUGAACGCUUCAAGGAGCAGAAGGACAAAGACCUACGUGAAGCGCUAAUCGGCUAUGCCAUUAUGCAGAUCAGCAUGUGUAAGAAGGGAAUCCAGGUGUGGUCCAACGCCAAGGAGUGUUUCAACAAAAUGUGAGCCACUUUCCAAGCCAAUCGCGCUCUGCACCAAAGCAGUAGUUACUCAGAUUGUACAGACCAGGACCGUCAGCCAUUCACUAUACUGUGGUGUAGUGGAGAUUCGAUGGGAGCCCAAAUGCUGCCUUCACUUUGUUUGCUAUGCUGAAUCGAAGCUACUGAGAAUAAUUCUGUCAACUUUUCUCUGUCUUUCUCUCUGUCACACACAAUGCCUUUUUAAAUUCAAGUGUCUUAACAAUACCUCUUUCUUGACAUUCUGCUGAUGUAACCUUCAUACCGCAGACAAUCCCAAUUUUUAAUACUCCUCCUUAGUUGCACAGUUUGACAGCAUGUUUGAGAAGGAAACCCAGCACUAAUACUGCAUGAUUGUUGCACAGUGAGAAUAGCUGUAGUGUAUUCCAGUCGGUACCCCUCUCACCCCGAUAAAGUAAUCCACAGUAGAGCGCUGCCUCAUGUUUAGUCAUUAUUACAUGCACAUUGUAGACAGUGACUCGUUCUAGAGUUACCUGCCCUAAAGAAAUUAAAACCGUGGUGUGUACUUCUCUUUUCAAAAUUCUUCAGGGAGGAUUUUCAUACUGGUUAAAUUGCUGUUAAUUGUCUAUUGACAAUACUGAUAAUGAGUUGAAGAACUGGGGAAAAAAAAAACACUUUUACCAGAACUAUACUCAUGUCGGGACUAAUUUGGCAGUUUAGUUAAAAUUUAAAAUCUAAAAGCUCUAAGAUUUUGUAGUGUUCCCAAGUCUUCUAAUAGUGUGGAACAGUGCUUUAAAAAUCUGGAGGGAAUUAGCCAGGGGUUUCCUUUGCCUCAGAUAAUAAAUUCAGUUGUUUAAUGUCACAUUCAGAUCAGUUAGGCAACAGAACAAGCGCCGUGCGUCCGAAAGCCAUGACACUUUCACAUUUCCUUUUCUCUUAUUUUCACGAAGUUAUUUUAUGUGCAUCAAGCAAAAGUUAGUCUUUAUGUUGUUGUUGCUCGAUAGCUAAAGUGCUGAUGACCAAGUGCUUUUAUAGUACAGACUACAGGUGGAAAACACAGGAGAAGAGCAAACAAAAUUGUCAUUCUUGUUGUUUUUGUGCCAAAAGAAGUAACAGUAACGAGUAAGUAUAGUCAGGAAAGCCUCACAACGUUCUGGUUAGUGUUUACUUCCUUGCAUACCUCCUUGAUCUGCCAAGCGCAGCCAUAGGUGUUGUUAAAAGCUACACGCAUUCAUACUCAUAAUUGAGCCUUUUCCUUGCUGACAAGCUUUACAGCCUUAAUAUUAGGUUUGUACAAUGGAAUGAACGGAAAAACUUGUUGACGUUCUCUCCCCACUGUCAAUGUGCCUCACCUUUUUUUUUUUUUUUUAAAUAAGUCAAUGCAGCUACAGACCUGAGUUCCCGGCUUCCGUCCGGUUGUUCUUUGUGAAAAAACUGUUGACCAAAACGUGGAAACUGUGUUUGAUUCUCACAAUAUAUGCUACAGGUAAAUCGUACACGUGCUACUUCUGCUUCCUUUGUGAUAUCAGUCUGAGGAAAAAUUGAUUCCAAAUGGAUCUGACCUCUAAAUAUUGUGCUCAGAUCUCCAAAUGCUGCCUUUUUUUCCAGAAUAAAACAAUCAGUUUACUGACAUAAUCUCAAAUUGAGGCUUUAUGUGUGUUUUUAUAAUAAAUGUGUCAAAUGUAACCGUCGUGCUGAGACACUAAUAAACAUUUCUUCUUUUGUAACGA